AUGAAGGCCACCAACGGGCUCGGCCGGCCGGCCAUGUCCAACACGACCAUUGUGGGCGAGGACGAGGGCGCGGCGGCCGCCGCCCAGAACGCCAUCAUCAUUGUCGUGGACGACGCCACCGGCCAGACGCAAGAGAUCGAUGCCGCCACCAUGCAGCAGCUCAUCUCCAGCAACCCGGGCGCGGUCAACAUCGUCAGCAUCAACCAGGACUCGCUGCAGCCGGCGGCGCCGCUGCCGGAGGCGGCCACGGCCGAUCCGCUGCCAACGCCGGACGCCGACCUCAUCCUGGACUCGGAGGCGCUGGACCGGCUGGAAUCAGCUCUCAGCUCGGACGAGGCGCGGGAGAUUUUCGGCGACGGUCUGCAGUCGUUCCCCGGCAUGGGCGUCAACAUCACGGGCGGCGAGUUCGAGGACGAGCUGAUCGGCGUGGAGCGCCACCACGCGCCCGACCACAGCGGCGACCGGAUCCGCGGCUCGCGCGGCAGGGGUCGGCCGAAGAGACGAGCCCCGGGCACGCGUCGCUCCCAGCGGCGCGCCGACCAGACGCUGCGCGAACAGGCGGAGCAGAUCCGCUCGGAGAACCUGAACCGCGAGCGGCAGGCGCAGCUGACGCCGCCGACGCGCGGUGCGGCGAACUCGAUGCGGAGCUUCGUGCACGCGCCGGCGGCCGACGAUAGCGAUGACGAGACGCUUGCGUCGCUGGUCGGGCAGCAGCACUCGGCGCCGCUGGCCAGCGCAGACCCGGACUCUGGCGGCACUCCGGGUCGGCCGCGCCGCGACCGCAAGGUGCCGCUCAAGCUGCAGGACCGCCAGGAGGCGCAGCAGCCGGCCGCCGGCAGCCCCGUCAAACGCAAAGGCGGCGUCAAGGUCAUGGUCAAGGCUCGGCAGCCGGCCCCGGACCGCCUGCAGGGCAAAUGGAAGCAGGAGGAGGAGGAGGCGGCUGAGGAGGAGCAGGAGGAUGAGGACGAGCAGGAGGAUGAGGACGAUGAGGAAGAGGACAGCGACGGCUGGCAGUCAGAGGAUGACCCUGACAAGCUCUGGUGCAUUUGUCGCCAGCCACACAAUAACAGGUUCAUGAUCUGCUGCGACAAGUGCGAGGACUGGUUCCACGGCAACUGCGUCGGCGUCACGCGGGCCAUGGGCGCCCAGAUGGAGGAGCGUGGCAAGGACUGGGUAUGCCCGCCGUGUAAGCGCAAGCAGCGCCAGCGCGAGGCGGCCGAGUGCAUCCAGCGGCACGCGCAGGACUCGCUGGCUCACCUGAAGACGCAGCAGAGGCAGAAGCCCCCGCCGCCGCCGCCUCCGCCGCCGCAGCCUAAGCCAGUGAAGGUGGUCAAGCUGCCCAAGGACUUUCAGAGCCAGCUGGACGCCGGCAGCUCCAAGAAGACGAUGCCACCGCCGGCGCCGGCCCCGGAGCCCGCUGCCGUCCCGGUCGCCAGCCCGCCCGCCGCCCCGGCCGCCGCCGUCGCCGUCGCCGCCCGGCCGGCCGCCAAGCCCUCCCCAGAGGCGCGCGUCAUCGUGUUUGAGCGCACUUCCGGCCGUCUGCUGACGGGUCCCAACGCACCAACAGUGGCGAACCUGAAACUGUGGCUCAAGACCCAUCCGACUUUUGAAGUCCUGAAACCGGGCAUGCUUCCAGCGGCCAAGUUCUACGGGAAGAAGCCGGAGCAGAAGGCGCCGCCCGGCCACAUCCACGUCAUCCGACCGUCGGCCGGCUCGGCGGCGCAGACGGCGCGUGCGACGCUCGGCGCGGGUGAGCGCGCCGCGGCCGCCGCAGCUGGACCGAGGGGCGCGACCGAGCCGGCGGCGCGCCUCAAGGCGUCGCUCGGCUCACCUCCCCACCGGCACCCGUCCGGAGACGGGCACCGCAAGCUCUCGGACUCGCCGGCGCACGGCAAGCACGCGGGUUCGCCCUCCCACCGGAAGCACUCGGCGGACUCGCCGGCGCACCGGAAGCUGUCGGCGGACUCGCCGGCGCACCGGAAGCUGUCGGCGGACUCGCCGGCGCACCGGAAGCCGUCGGCGGACGGUGCGCCGCGCGGGAAGACCGACGAGCCGGACGGCCGGCCGCCGACGGUGCGGCGGCGGAAGCACAAGCAGGAGGAGCGCGAGCCGAAGGAGAAGCGCAUCGUCGACAUUGACAAGCUGCGCUCCAACGUGAAGAAGACGCUUUGCGACGUGCUGUACAGCAGGUGCAAGGAUGACAAGAAUGUCGCGAGGGAAAUGACCGAAAUAAAGAAGCUUGUCAACGAAAUCGAGGAUGAACUAUUUAUGCUGCAUAAAGAUGUUAACUUUAAGUACAAAGCAAAGUACAGGAGUCUUAUAUUUAACCUCAAGGACUUGAAGAAUCUAGGACUCUUCAGGAAGGUGCUGUUACGGGAGGUCGACCCGGCCCGCCUGGUCACUAUGUCUGCGGAUGAGCUGGCCAGCAAGGAGCUCGCCGAGUGGCGGGAGAGGGAGGAGAAGAAGGAACUGGAGGCCAUCGAGAAACACGAGCUGGAUAUGCUGACGCUCGGCAACAAGUUCGUGAUGAAGACGCACAAGGGGGAGCAGGUUAUCGAGAACGACGACAGCCUCAAACUCAUCGAGGACAAAAACACUCCGGCGGCGGAGCAGCUGCUGCCACCGGCCGUCGACGACGAGCCGACCACGGGCGCCGUGUUGGCCGACUCGACCGAGCGGCACGGCCAGCACGUGUACGACAUCGGCUGUCUGAUCUGUACAGGCGAGCAGCCGGCGCCGCGGCCCGAGCCGACAAAGUCCGACGCCAAGUCCUCGGAUGGGAAGAAGUCCACGUCCACGUCGUCCAAGCCGCGCCGACGCCGGAGCGGCAGCGGCGAGCGAGGCCACUCCUCCAGCCGGCACCGGCGCCACCACAGCAGCGCUAGCACCGGCGGCAGCCGUGACAAACACAGGGAGCGCAGCCGACACCGGCGCCGAGACGACGACAAGGGCCGCGGCAAGGAGAAGGAUGGCGACCGGGGGAGGAAGAGGGACAAGGACAAGGAGACGGAGAACGACAGGGAAAAGGACAAGGAGAGGAAGAAGGAGAAAGACAGGGACAAAGAGAAGGACAGGGACAAAGAGAAGGACAGGGACAAAGAGAAGACCAGGGACAAAGAGAAGGACAGGGAAAGGAGGCACGAUGCUGGGAAGGGCGGCGACAACAAGGAGGACGCCGCCCGGGGAAAGGACAGAGACAGAGGGAAGAUCCGUGACGAGGAGGGGAAGACGGAGCGAAACGCCGAGAAGCCUCGUGGCGAGGAGAAGCGGUCUGACCGGGACAAGGAGCGCCACCGCAAGCGCCACUCGAGCCGCGAUGCGCGCGACCACGAGCGGCGCAAGCGGCGCCGCAGCGGCGAGCCGGAGCCACGGCAGGAGCCGGCGGCCCGGAGCGAGCCGGAGUCGGAGCCGGCGGCCCGCAGCGAGCCGGAGGAGCAGACGGCGGACGGCGAGCCGGCGCCCGAGGACGAGGGAGCCAUGUCCGACCGGGAUAAGGAGCCCUCCUCCACUGUCACCAUCGGGACGCCGCCCGACUGGCAGGCUGAGGAGCCGGAGGCGGCGCCGGCGCGCGCCAAGCCACGCUCCGUGUGGCGCGGCUUCAUCUCCAUGCCCGACAUCUGCAAGUUCUUCACGCAGGCGUUCGAGGUGUCGGGGAAUUCGACUCACCUGGCCACGGACAUCCCUGACCGAGUGGAGGUGGUGGGACGCAUCGCUCCGGACACCAUCUGGGGUUACAUCAAACAGGUCCGCAAGUCCAACAAGGAGGUGGUGGUGGUGCGGCUGCAGCCGGCCACCGAUGAGGAGAAGCUGCACUACGCCUCGCUCUACACGUACCUCUCCAAAAAGCACCGGCUGGGCGUGGUGGGCGGCUUUUCCAAGGCCAUCAAGGAUUUCUACAUCUUGCCGCUGGCCAGCACGGACCCGGUGCCGCCGGCGCUGCUGCCCUUCGCCGGCCCAGGUCUGGACGAGCUGCGCCAGCACAUGCUGCUCGGCCUCAUCUUGUACGCCUCGUCCUCCCGCAAGCGGAAGCACGAGUCAUCUCACCGCAGCGGCGGCGAGAAGCAGACGCGCGCCGCCUCGCCCGAGCCGGUUGCUGUCGAGGACUACGGGCCGGCCAAGCCGCUGACGAUCGGCUACCAGCCGGAGCUCAGCGCCUAUCAGCCGGGCCACUACGUGCGCGACGUGAGCGCUCCCGUCUCGCCCGAGGAGCUUAAUCAGCUGCGGCCGCCCACCUUCAAUUUCUACCAGCAGGCCGCCGAGCCCCCGCCGCCCGGCGCCGAGCCCGAGCCCGGGGAAGGAUUGGAGCUGGAGCCCGCAGAGGAGUCGGAGUCGGAGCCGGAGCCGGCGCCGCCUGGAGAUGUGAUCCCGGGCCUGGGCGACGACGCGGCGGCGCCGGCCGGUGUGGCCAGCGCGCCGGCCUUCCUGCGUGUGGAGCGGCCCCCGGGCCCGGACGAGCCGGAGCCGUACGAUCCGGAGCAGAGCACGCCGCCGCUCGAGGACGAGCCGUACGACCCCGAGCAGCGGCUGCUGGCCGAGCUCAACCGGCGCAUCGACGAGCAGCGCUGCCAGCUGGAGACGAUGGCGAGCAGGCUGGACGACGGCGAGGCGCCGUACGACCCGGCCGACCCGCCCGAUCUCAUGGACUCGCUGCGCAGCCGCACCGAGGAGCUUAGCAGGAUGCGCGACCCCAUCAUCGACACGUACGGCUCGCAGGAGGAGGAGGACGAGCCGCGCUCGCCGACCACGCCCGAGGCCGAGCGGCCGCGCCGUCGCGACACCGACGAGGUGGCCGCGGCCCAGCCGCCGCCGCAGCCGAGGCCGGGUGAGGAGGCACGGUCCAAACCGGAGCGGGAGCCGGAGCCCGAGCCCGAGCCAAAGCCGAAGCCGGAGCCGCCGGCGCGGCCGUCAGACCCGCGCAGCGCUCGCAGCAAGGGCAACCUGGCGUCGCUGACCGACUCGGACCUGAUUGCCAAGGCGCAGGCUGAGCUGUCGACAUUCAACCCGCUGGUGCCGCCUCCGGCGUCGUCGGCGGGGCCGUCGCGGCCUCCAUUCGGCCAGCCGCCACCGGGGCCGCCGCCCGCGCCGCGUGCCGCGAUGCGAGGCCCAGGCCCACGUCCAGGUCCGUUCCCGCCGUUCGACGGCCGGCCGCCGCCGGGCUGGGAGCGACCGCAGUUCCCGCCAGGGCCGCCCCAGAGCCGCCCCAUGGGGCCGUACGGCGGACCUCCGGGCCCCCGCGGUCCCGGCCCGUACGGUGGACCGCCCGGGCCGCGCGGACCUCCCGGACCGCGUGGACCGCCCGGACCGCGCGGACCGCCCGGCAUGCAAGGGCCACCCGGCAUGCAGAGACCACCUGGCCCACACGGACCUCCCGGCAUGCAGGGACCCCACGGCGGUCCUCCGGGGCCCCGCGGUCCUUAUGGCGGUCUCUCCGGACCUCGUGGUGGCCCCCCGGGUCCUCGCGGUGGCCCCCCGUUCGCGCCGGGCCCCCACGGUGGCCCUCCAUCACAUGACGUGGACCCGCGCCGGCGCCGAAACUGAACCCGCUUCUGUACAAACUCGCGGUGGCCGGCGGACGCCGGUCCCACUGGCGCCGCGUAGCGAAGCGGGCGCCAGCUCUCAGUGUCUGCGCGUGUGAGAAAGCUCUGACGGGCGCCAGUUGUGAAAUAUUUACCCUCCCCAUGCCACUGUGUAAAUAGCAGCGAAACACGCCAUCUCAUGGGUCAUUGUGCCACUUUGCCUGCGCGAUUGUACAUUAUUGGACGUGAGGAGGCCGCUUCGUGUGAGGUGGCGGCGCGCCGGCGCGUGCUGUGAUGUGUGAGCGUGCGAGCGGAGCCCAUCGGUGUACCCGCCUCGGCCGCGCCUUGUCGCUUGGGGCUGUGUCGCUUGGCGGCGGCGUCGUCGGCGCGCGGAAGCUGUGUGCCCCGCGCCGGCCGGCCCUGAGCCGCGUUCGGGCCCGUCUCGUCCCGCCGGAAGCGGGCCAGGCUGCGGACGCGCUCCGGCGGCCGCCGGCGGGCCCGGACCGCAGGCGGAUUCGGCCGCCCCGCCGCUCCGGGUCCGGCCGGUCGAGACGGUGGCGCGGCCGCCGAUGCAAGUAAUAAAGCGGCGUCCGUACUGUGUCCCGUCUGACGACCCCGGCGACCGGACGUCGUCGUUAAAUCGGCCGUGACAGCCGGCGGAGCCCGGCCGACUCGCGGCGGUGGGCCGGGCGGGCCGCGCGCCUCGGAUGAAGCGGUGCGCCGUUUGUCAGACGUGUGCGUGGGCAUCGGGGCCGGAUCUCACCGGAAACGUCGGAGGCGUGUGGGGUUGACAUAACUGACUGACGAUGACUGAGUGAGUCGGCCCGGGCUGGUUCGAUGAACUGAGUGUGGGCGAGAGGGAUAUUCCUCUGACCAAUUUUGAGUGUAUUCUAGGUCAAUGGUUGGCACCGAUGGUUUUGCACUGGGUUUCGUGCGCACGGAGCCUCGGACACAACCAUACGUCCAAGCCAGACGAAGGUAGCGCGAGCUCUGAUCGCCUACCUGUGCUCACUCGUCACUUUUUCCGCGCCGGAAUGCAAUCAAGUAAUGCCGCUGUGCCGAAAGUGGUCAUGGCGUGCGCGCAACGCCUGUAAAUCAUCCGGACACUAAGUACGCAUGCGUCAAGCUUUUCGUGAUGUGAGUUACGGCCAGGGAUAGGCGCCCGGCACUCCACAAAGCCUCGUCACACUGUCAGGGGCUGCGUGACGCGCUGGGUCCCAUCACGCCACGUCCACGAGCGGAAGCGCGAGCUCUGAGCGAUGCGCA